AUAUUUAAUUGGUAGUAACCAUUCAACCGUCGUGCAGUACGAUUCUUGCCUUUCAUACGCUCUGAUCCUCGGUAAAAAAAAAAAUCUAUUCGUUUUAUAUCCUUUUGGUCGAAAAGAAAAGGAAAAAUGCGUCUGAACCCGGUUAACUUUUUGCUGAUGGCAUUUUGUGCCUCCUUCACCGUUUGGCCAGCGAGUGCCCUGCAAUGCUACAAUUGUGUUGGAGACGAAUGCCAUUUGGAAAAUGUGGCAUUAGAAACUUGCAGUGUGGAUGACUCUUCAACAUUUGUAUUGGAUACAAGUGCCAUUAUAAAUCGAUUCAGGCGGUCGGCUCCAAUGUGGCGUCAACAAGACAUUGAAGCUUUCGAUGAUUCCACAGCAGCAACCACAGACUCUUCAUCGGUUUCUACAACUGAUUCCGCAGUCACAGAUUCUUCAAGCGAUUCUACAUCAGGUUCUACGAAUGCUGAUUCUUCAUCCACUGAUUCUAGCAGCACUGAUUCUUCCACGGACUCGUCGUCUGUCACAACUGACCAAUCCACAGAUUCUUCAUCUUCAUCCAGUGGUACCACAACUGUCCAAACAACAGAUACAUCACCUACCUCUACGAGUGAUUCUUCAAGCACAGAUUCUACAACCGAUUUCUCAACUGUCGACUCCACCGACUCCUCUACUACUUCCAGUUCAACUAUCACUACAAGUGAUUCUUCAAGCACAGAUUCUUCAACCGAUUCCUCAACUACAGAAUCUUCAACUACGAUUGAUUCUUCAACCACAGAUUCUUUCACCGUUUCCACAACAAUCGUGUCCACAGACUCGACUACCGACUCCACAACCACCGAUACCUCAUCUACUACUGUUUCUACAACCACAGAUUCCACAACGUCUUCUUCUACAACUGAUUCUAGCAGCGAUUCUAGCAGCAGCUCUACAACCGAUUCUACGUCUGAUUCUACAAGUGAUUCUACAACCGAAAUCACUACAAUUUCUCCCCCUAUUAGUUAUAAGCUUGCCGCCUGCUACAGCGUGUAUAAGGAAGGAGUGAUUUACCGUGGUUGUGUUAAGGUGCCCACAAACGAAUCAGCCUGCACGGCUGUGAGGAAUAAACUUGAAAUAACAGAGGACUCUGCCGAUCAGUGCGACAUCUGCUUGACAGAAAAGUGCAAUGGAAGCACUAGGUUGCAGGUCUCGUUGGGCGCCAUGAUCCUGCUUUUGGCGAUGGGACUGAAAAACCUGUUGUAAGGAAUAGCCCAAGAUUGGAGUGCCGUUGUAUUAUAUAAUUGUUAGAAGUUUGUAUUCAUAUUUAAUAAAUAAAACUAUUAUCAAGAAUCAAUUGACGAUUUCC